UAAAGAGUUUCAGUGCCGACGGCAACGAGGAAGGGUGCUGUCUCCCCCCCGAAAAAAAGAAAAAACAAGAAAGUAUAAGAAAGGGAAAAAAGCGAAGACAAACGAAAGGAAACAUCGUCGUCGUCGUCGUCGUUGUUGUUGUCAUAGUUGUCGUCGUCGUUGUCGUCGAUUGAACUCUGACUGUCUCGUCUUUAGGGCGAGACAGAAAAACGCAUUUUUCUUCGCGGCCGGCCGGCCAAAGUCACGGCCGAUUAUUUACUCGGUGCCGAAGUUUCGUCAAAGGGCCAACACGACGUUAACCUUCUACAGUAUGGAGCGCGGGGGCGGAGGCGGGGGGAGCCUCGAACUCGCCGGAGGCGGAGGAGGCGGCGGCGGCGGUAACGCUGAACUCUGCCUCCAAGACCUCGUCACCAACAACGCUAGUCUAUCCGUUCAACAUCAUCAGCACGCUGCUGCGGCAGCGUCCAUGGCUGGACUCCACGGUGAUCAUCUUCAAGGUAGCAUGCACCAUCACGACAUACAUGGGAAUUCCCAUCACGAUGCCAGCACCAUGCUACAUAAUUCUAGUCAUCAGUUACAUCAUGAACCGUUGGAGAAAUUGAAACGUGUUUGGGCACAGAGCGAUUUCAGGGACGAAACGAAUGGCGGCUUGGCAAGGCUCGAUUCUACCGGCGGUCAUGGUGGUCAUACACCCGGUGGAAGCAAUCCAGGUACACCUGGUGUCACUUCGACGAUGACACCAUCAGGAGGAUUUUCGACGGCACAACCGAGAUCACGAACGAAUACAACGCACAGGCCGAACAUACAGAAAGGUAUCGGAACGGCAGAAGUGAAACACGAGUUGGGUGCCGGUGGUGGUGUUGUAUCACCCGAUGGAGUUGUUGGUGUUAACGAUACAGACGACAAGGACGGUAAGAAGAACAAACGUCAGAGGCGACAAAGGACACACUUCACUUCUCAACAACUUCAGGACUUGGAGGCUACGUUUAUGAGAAACCGAUAUCCCGACAUGUCGAUGAGAGAAGAAAUCGCAUUGUGGACGCACUUGACGGAAGCACGAGUCAGGGUGUGGUUCAAGAACAGACGAGCAAAGUGGAGGAAGAAGGAACGGAACGCUUUGAACGCAGCAGCGGCAGCCGCGGAUUUUGGAAAGUCUGGUUUCAGUACGGCCAGUCUGAACGGUUUCAUCGGACAACCGUUUCCAGAUCCGGAUACGCUUUAUAGCUCUUACAGCACUUACAACAAUUGGGCGGCCAAGGUACCGUCGCCUCUCAGUAGCAAAACGUUUCCGUGGGUGAACACGUUGAGCUCGGUGGUACCAACCGCCUCUCAUCAUCAUCAUCACGCUCAAGUCAGUCCCGUGAAUUGCUUCAACGCGUCGACGUCAGUCGCUGGGAGUCACGUCAGCGGUAUGUCGGUAUCCGUCGGUCAAGCCGCUACCUCUAUGUUACCUGGAAUGAGUUCGGGAUUGGGUGUAGCGGGUUCUCCGGUAGCAGCAUCGAGCGCGGCGUGUCCUUACGCGGCACCAGCGGCGCCGCAUCAUCCGUACGGUCCGCCGGUGUACACGCCGCAUCAUAGAACAGCCGCACCCCCCGAAACCUGCACGGUCAUGACGUCGAGCAGCAUCGCCUCGUUGCGAUUAAAGGCAAAGCAACACAGCAGCGGUUACGGUGGUUCCACUGGUGGAUCUUUCGGUGGUGGUGGUGGUGGUGGUAGUGGUGGUGGUGGUGGCGGUGGUGGUACUACCGGUGCAACUACUGGUAGCAUAAGUCCAGUGAGUUCAAGGGCGUCCUCGGUCGGUGGUGGUCUCAGUGCCUGUCAAUAUGCCCUGACGACCGGUGGUGGUGCGAAUCCCCAUUCCCCAGGUGGUCCCGAAGCUCAUGCGACCGCGAGAGCUCAGGUCUGAGGCGAAGCGGGGGCUACGUCUAGCCCCCAUCAUCACGGUGUACCUUCUAACUCCGGUAAUAGCAUUGGUGCUAGCGCGGCAGCGGCCGCGGCGGCCGCAGCUGCCGUUGCGGCAGCCAAUCAAGUCGUUUUAACUGGUGUUAACUCUCAGCAACAGACUAACGACAAUCAGCUGAGAUCGCAGGAGUGACCCA